AUGACUCUUAGGUGUAUGUAAGAACUCGAGUAAAGUCAUCAAGCAAGAAUUGAAAUUGAUGAGAUGAAAAGAGUACAAUCUUAAGAUGAGAUGAAGGCGAGUGAUAUGCUUUCAGGGACAAUCAUCGGAUAGAUUUAAAAUGAUGCUGGUGAACACUCAUUAAUUGUUAUUAUGGAAAACCUUACGAGAAUCGGUCAAGAAAUCAUAGAAAUAAGCAAAUUUGUUGAGCUAAAUGUAACAGCUAUUAGAAAGAUACUUAAGAAGUUCGACAAGCAGUUCAAGGGUUUUGCAAUAGCUCUUCUUGAUAACCAAACUUUGCUUAGAUCUCACCAUCAGGUUGCUAGAUGUGUUCAAGACUUGAAAUUUAUCUAUAAUAAAAGGAGUGCUUAAGAGUAUAAGUAAAAGUUCAAUAAAAGCAGAACCGUAGAUUAGAGUCACAAUAAAUCUUAAAACAAAAGUACAGCAAAAAUUAGAGAGCCCCUAUUAGGAUCGUUGAAGAAUGGAAAUGAUGAGGAUAUAGCAUAAUUUGAAGGACAGUAGUCCACUAAAAAAUUACUAAGCUCUCAAAAUGAACUAAAGCUAGUAAAGUCAAAAUUAUCAAUUUUAGAAUCAACAAUGUCAAUUAUCGAUGAAGCUUUAAUCUCAGUUAAGUAUUCAUCUAUAUAUGCUAUCAAGCUAAAUUAAAGACUUAAAACAUCAUAGUAUGAGAAAAAUCUCAAGGUUUAAAGUGAUUAUUUCAAACCAUUAAAUGUCAACAAAAAAGUUUAAAGGUAGAGACAGUAACAAAUUUAUAAUGAAGGCAUGGCUUUCAAAGCAUUGAUUAGAUCAUAUUCAAGUCCUCCAUAAUAAAUGAGUUUCUUAGUUAAUAUAGAAAUGGAACCCGAAAAUAUGGUAGCUUUAUUAUUUUUCUUAAUUGGAAGACUUUUAGCGAUUUCAUCAGGCUGCAAGUUCACAUUCACCACAGCAUUCAUCAUAAACUUUUACAAGCUUACUGAAUAUUUUAUGAUUCUAGCGAUGGUACUUUGGAUUAUAACUUUCCUCUUAUUUGCCUUUACAUUUCAUGAACCAAUGAAAGAAAAUGCUAAUUUUGCCAAUUAUUAGAUAGAGUUCUCAAUUAAAAAGCUAGAAAACGGUAAAUAAUUUCUAUAAAACCCAUUCAAAUAAAGCGAAAAAUUUUCGUUCUUAAUGGCAGCUCCUAUUACUUUUCCAGAGCAUAUUACUAGAUGGAUCUAGUAGGGUGACCAAAUAGGUGAUUUCUAAAAUGCUAACUAUAUUGAUCAUAAUGCUUGGAUUGCUAUUUGA